AUGAUAUUCAGAUCUACGGCAUUCAGCUGUUCUAAGAGAUUUCCGAAAUACCUAAAUCAACAUGAUCCAUCGAAUGUAAGGCGAACCGGCGGUAUUUUCGGAUAUUCACUUCGUUAUUCUUCAUCAUCCACAUCCACAUCCAUAUCCACACUCACAACGAAUAUCGAUAGAUACAAGAUCUUAUUUUGUGGCUCAGAUGAAUUCUCUGUAGCUUCACUUAAAGCUGUACAUCAAGCAAAAGAUUUAUGGGAAUCAAUUGAUGUGGUCGUUCCACCCGAAAGAGAGAUAGGUAGAGGUGGUAAACACCAUAAAUCAUUGGAGAAAUACACUCCUAUACUUCGUCAAUUCGCUGAAUCGAAUGACCUUGCAACCCAUUCUGUACCUCAAAAAGGUAUAAAAACAUGGUCACCUCCUUCACCCUUUACAUCAACUGAUCCAUCUCACCUAUUACUCACAGCUUCGUUUGGUCAUAUCAUUCCUCUUCGACUACUGAAGCUCUUCCCCGAAGAUCAUAGGUUGAACGUUCACCCUUCUUUACUACCUAGAUGGAGAGGUGCCGCUCCUGUACAAUGGACAAUAGCAACCGGGGAUGAAGGGACAGGAGUCAGCGUUCAACGUUUAGUCAAAUAUAGUCUUGGAGUAGAUGCUGGAGAUAUAAUAGGUUCCGUGGAGAAUAUCGAUGUACCUGGAGAUGCUACUUAUAACAACUUCAUUCCCCAUCUGGCUGAGCUAGGAGGGAGGCUUCUUGUUGAUGCUCUCAGGAAAUUGAGAGAUGGAACGGCUACUUUCAUACCCCAAAAUCGUGAUCAGAUCACUUUCGCUCCUAAGAUUACUCAUGAAACAGCUCAAAUCAAGUGGUCUGAGCAAAGCGCAGAAGAAAUAGAUAGACUGCAUCGAGGUAUACAUCAUCAAGUUCCACUUUGGAGUUGUAUUUUGUCAACUACAGCUCAUCUUGUAUCGCUUCGACCUCUUGAACCAUCCGAAUAUCCGGUAGAUGUCCCUUCGGAAGUUGGUACAGCACGUCUUCUUAAGCAAGGUAAACAUCGUCGAUUGUAUGUUUCAUGUGCAAAGGGGACAUGGCUGGAAGUACUGGAAGUGCAAAUGGCCGGAAAGAAAGCUUUGGGUAUCAAAGAAUGGUGGAAUGGAUUACCUAAAGAUGUAAGGGAUAAAGGGGAAGUCAAGUUGUAUUGA